UCUCUCUCUAAGAAAGAACAACCUUUUUCUGGGUUUUUACCUCUUUUGUAAGGUGACUUAUCUUUCUUGAACAAAAAUCUUGUUGUAAGAGUUGAUAGUUUUAGCUAAAGAUUGCACCGUUUUCAAUCUUUUUCUAUUAUGGUACUUGUGAAAACCUUGUCUUGAUUCAAGAAUUGAUAUGGGUAUUUGAGAGUGAAACCUUAAAUUUUUUGGAAGAUGGUGAGAGGGAAGACUCAAAUGCGGAGGAUUGAAAAUGCUACAAGUAGACAAGUGACCUUCUCCAAAAGAAGAAAUGGUUUGUUGAAGAAAGCGUUUGAACUUUCUGUGCUUUGUGAUGCUGAGGUUGCUUUGAUCAUCUUCUCUCCAAGAGGCAAACUUUAUGAAUUUGCAAGCUCAAGCAUGCAGGAGACAAUUGAACGAUAUAGAAGUCACGUAAAAGAUGUUCAAACAGAAAAUUCUUCGAGUAUAGAAGAUGUUCAGCAUUUGAAGCAUGAAACAGCUACUAUGGCAAAGAAGGUAGAACUCCUGGAAGUUGCAAAAAGGAAACUUUUGGGAGAAGGGUUAGGAUCAAGCACCAUUGAAGAAAUAGUUCAGAUUGAACAACAGCUGGAGAGGAGCGUACGCAUUGUUCGAGCAAGAAAGAUGCAAGUCUACAAUGAACAGAUUGAGCAAUUACAAGCAAAGGAGAAACUGCUAGCAGCUGAAAAUGCAUCACUUACUGAGAAGUGCUUAAUCCAAACAGACCAAGGAACAGAAGAAAUGAGACCGGAUUUACGUGUUGUUGAUAACGAGGAGAACUCAGAUGUGGAAACGGAAUUGUUCAUCGGACCACCAGAGGUCAGGAGAACGAAGCAAAGAUGGUCAAAGUAGUCAGUAUAUAGAUAGAUAGAUAUAUAUGCAUACAUAUAUUUUAUAUCUAUCAAGAUUAUGUUAUGCUACCAACACUAUCCAUGUUAGAUAAGAUGCGCCCAACACAUAUGUUGUUCUGCAACAAAAUUUUCAUUCUAGAGAAGUCUAGAAGAUUAAUGCAUCAUAAUUUGUCAGCUCAAACCCUACGUAACUUUUGCAAUUAAAAAG